AUGCUAAUAAAUUUAACAAACAGGCAACAUGUUAGGCGCCCAGCUGGAAGAGACACACCUCGCCUUGGAUUCCGAGCUUCCGGGAUCUGCUACCAAUGGUUGGUUUUUUUCCGGACCCAUUGUCGUUUUUCAUGCGAAUGGCUAUCGGUAGACCUUUUCCCCACCAUCCUAAGAAUCGUCGCUCGUGUUAGUGCCAGAUCAUUCAUUGGCCUUCCAGUCUGUAGAAAUGAGGACUGGUUGAAGCUCGCAAUCACGUUCACUGAAGAUCUUAUCGCGACGGCCUCGAACCUCGGCACAAUUUCAAAACUGUUUCGCCCAUUCUACGCCUAUAUGUGGAAUUCAGCAAAAACCAUCAAAUCGCAUAAGAGGAAGGCGCAGACCCUGCUAGCCCCUACCAUCCAAAAACGCUUUAAAGAGCAGCGGCUCGCGGAAGAGAAUGGGACGGUUUAUCAGGGUCCCAACGACCUUCUCCAAUGGCUCAUAGAUCGCGUUGAGCCACAUCAUAAGACUGUCGAUGCCUUGUCUGAAUUGCAGCUGCUGAUUGGCCUGGCAUCAGUUUUCGCAACAGCUGGUACCCUUGUCGGUAUGAUUUUCGACCUCGCUGAGUACCGGGAUUGCAUUCAGCCAAUGCGCGAAGAGAUGGAAGCCGCAAUUUCUGAAAAUAGUGGAGCGUUGGAUAGGGGUGUUCUACGCAAGAUGAGAAAGACUGAUAGCUUUCUCAGAGAAUCUAUGAGAAUGGGGACUUUGCUCCUUUCUUUCAAUCGCAUGGUAAUGAAAAACGUGACUCUUUCCGAUGGAACCUACUUGCCGAAAGGAACUCUGGUUGCCGCACCCGCCUUAAUGUUUUCUUCCGAUCCGGAUUUUGUUGAGGACCCCGAGACAUUCGAUGGGUUUCGCUGGUACAAAAAGACCCUCGAAGCUAAGGACGGUGUCCAGAUGAGCAACGGAAGUGCCACUACCUCCUCCAACAACCUCGCCUUUGGUCAUGGAAAGCACGCAUGCCCUGGUCGCUAUUUUGCUGUCGAGGAGAUAAAGACUAUUCUGACUUUUAUCCUCUUACAAUACGAUAUUAAGUAUCCUGAGGGCCAAUCUCGUCCCCCUAACAUUCGGAUAGGGGAAAUUGCAUCUCCCAAUAGGACACAGAAAAUUAUGUUCAAGAAGCUUCCGGGCCCGAAAACUUUUUCUUUUUUGUAG